AUGAAAACCAUGCAGCCACUCCAGCUUUCACGCAUGAGAUACGACAGAAAACUACCGAUAAGUUCCCUUGGCAUUGCUCUUGUGAUGCUCAUGUCCUUGGCCUCUAUCACUAGCUCCUGCACAGAGCAAGAGAAGGCCUCCCUCCUCAAGUUCCUCACUGGGCUCUCACAGGAUGGUGGCCUUGCCGCGUCAUGGCAGAACGGCACAGAUUGCAUCACGUGGGAAGGGAUCACCUGCAACAUGGAUGGGACGGUUACUGAUGUCUUGCUCGCUUCCAAGGGUCUUCAGGGGUAUAUCUCACCCACUCUUGGCAGCCUCGCCGGAUUGUUGCGACUCAAUCUGUCAAACAACAUGCUGUCCAGUGGACUACCACAAGAAUUGGUGUCUUCCAACAGCAUCGUCGCCAUCGACAUCAGCUUCAACCGCCUAGAUGGAGAACUGCAUGGGGUGCCAUCUUCAACCCCAGUGCGUCCCUUGAAGGUACUGAACAUCUCCAGCAAUUUGUUUGCAGGACAGUUUCCAUCCUCCACAUGGGGGGGCAUGAAACACCUGGUCGCACUCAACGCCAGCAACAACAGCUUUACUGGGCAGCUACCAACUCAUUUCUGCACCAGCUUUCCAUCCUUGGUUGUGCUUGACCUCUCUUACAACCGAUUCAGAGGGAGUAUUCCACCUGAAUUAGGUAGCUGCUCCAUGCUCAGAGUGCUCAAGGUUGGCCACAACAACCUCAGCGGGACUCUCCCAGAUGAACUCGUUAAUGCUACCUCGUUGGAGUUCCUCUCUUUUCCCAGGAAUGGUUUACAAGGAAUACUUCAAGACACAUAUAUUGCCAAACUCACUUUUUUGGUUACCCUUGAUCUUGGAGAGAACAACUUCAGAGGCAACAUUCCGGAAUCUAUAGGCCAUCUCAAGAGAUUGGAGGAACUCUAUUUUUGA